AUGCCGGACAAUUUAUCAUUUGAUUGUAAUGCUUCGAAAAAAGCAAUUGAUCGUAUUCGAUCAGAAAGUGAUGAAGAACGAUCUCAAUUUUUAAUUGACGUAUUUUUAAAAUAUUUUGGUGAUGAUAUUAAAAAAAAUCCCAAAGCCUUUAGUGGACGCUUUCGAAAAAUGUCUUCAAGUGCAUUUAAUUUUUAUCGAGGUUCAGCUCUUUUAUUUUAUCAAGAUUUAAAAAUUGAUAAAGAUCAAUGGAUUCAUACAAAUAAAACAGCUGGAAAUAUUUUUAUUCAUGGCGAUUUACAUGCUGAAAAUUUUGGUACAUAUUUAGAUAAUAAUGGUAUAUUAAAUUUUGAUGUUAAUGAUUUUGAUGAAGGUUAUUGUGGUCCAUUUACAUGGGAUGUUAAACGUUUAUUAGCAUCAUUAUAUUUAAUUGGUCAUAGUAAAGGUUUUUCGGAUCGUGAAAUUGAAGAAAUUUUACGUAUUUGUGUUGAAUCAUAUUUAAAAAAAGUUUAUGAUUUUUGUAAACAAAAAAAUGAUUAUUUCGCAUUAACAUUAAAAAAUACAAGUGGAAAAAUAAAAAAAUUAUUAAAUGAAACUCGGAUUAAAUCACAUGUUGCUCAUCUUGAUUCAAUGACAAAUAUUGAAAAUUAUGAUCGAAGAUUUAUUCGAUCAAAAAUUGUUCAGGAUAUUGAUGAUACUACACGAACAGACAUUCUUAAUGCUUUUGAAAGUUAUAUUAAAUCAGUACCAGAAUCUAAAAAAACAAGUGGUUAUAGUGAAGGACGAAAAGAUUAUAAAGUUAAAGAUGUUGUUGCACGAUCAUCACCUGGCGUUGGAUCAGCUGGAAAAAUUUCUUAUUCAAUUUUAAUUGAAGGUCCAACUGAAACAUUAGAAAAUGAUAUUAUUUUAUAUAUGAAACCAGCACAAAAAUCUGCUAUUAGUUAUGUUAUUCGAAAUCCUGAAUUAGAAAAAUAUUUCAAACAUGAUGGUUUAAGAACUGUUCUUUGUUCGUAUGCAAUGCAAGCAUCAACACCUAAAUGGUUAGGUUAUACAUCAAUUGGAUCUAUUCCAUGUUUAGUUGAUGAAGUUACAGCACAUGCAGAAGAUUUAGAUUGGGAUGAUAUCAAUGAGUUUAAGGAUGUUAUUGAAGUUGUUGGAUAUUUAGGACAAGCAACAGCUAAAAUUCAUUGUGUAGCUGAUUCAGAUUGUAAAAAUACACCGAAUGAUGUUGCUUGUUUACCUUUUUCAAUAAUUCCACGACAAGUAGAAAAAACAAUUCGUGAUGCUAUUCGAGGAAAUGAUCAAGAAUUUAUUAAUGAAAUGGUUGAAUUUGGAAUGGUUUAUGGAGCUUUAGUUCAACGUGAUCAUAAAUUAUUUUUUGAAUUAUUCAGAAAUAAACAUAUUCCAGGUUUAGAAGAACAAUAA